GACAUUUAAAUGCCAUAGUUUCGUACUUCAAUGUGAUAUUUUAAUGCUUAUUAUUGAAAAGGUAUAAAAACAUCAAUCUUGAAUGUCUAUAUGACGCAAAUUAUGGAAGGCGGUGCUGCUGCGGGGAGUCGAACGACUAGAUUUAUGAUGGAGGGUGUGGGAGCUCGAGUAAUCCGAGGACCAGAUUGGAAAUGGGGAAAACAGGAUGGAGGUGAAGGUCAUGUAGGAACUGUUAGAAAUUUUGAAUCUCCUGAAGAAGUUGUGGUGGUCUGGGACAAUGGUACAGCUGCCAAUUAUAGAUGUUCUGGAGCAUAUGAUUUGCGUAUUCUGGACAGUGCACCAACAGGUGUUAAACAUGAUGGAACAAUGUGUGACACUUGUCGGCAACAACCAAUAUUUGGGAUCCGUUGGAAGUGUGCAGAGUGUGGAAAUUAUGACUUGUGUUCUAUCUGUUAUCAUGGUGAUAAGCAUCAUUUGCGACAUCGAUUUUAUCGUAUUACUACCCCUGGGAGUGAACGAAUGCUUCUUGAGCCUCGCCGUAAAUCGAAGAAGGUAGCAAUUCGUGGAAUAUUUCCUGGUGCUCGAGUAGUUCGGGGAGUGGAUUGGCAAUGGGAAGAUCAAGACGGUGGGAAUGGUCGGCGAGGAAAGGUUAAUGAAAUACAGGAUUGGUCUGCAGCUAGCCCCCGAUCUGCUGCUUAUGUUAUUUGGGACAAUGGAGCAAAAAAUCUUUAUCGUGUUGGAUUUGAAGGCAUGGCUGACCUAAAGGUUGUCAAUGAUGCCAAGGGUCAGACUGUGUAUCGUGAUCACUUACCUCUGCUUGGAGAGCAGGGCCCAGGUCGUACAGGUCCUCACGGGCUACAGAUAGGUGAUCAGGUCAAUGUUGAUUUGGAAUUGGAAAUUGUCCAGUCACUGCAACAUGGUCAUGGAGGAUGGACUGAUGGCAUGUUUGAAUGUUUAGGAACAACAGGAACUGUUGUGGGAAUAGAUGAAGAUCAUGAUAUAGUUGUUUCCUAUCCAAGUGGAAACAGGUGGACUUUUAAUCCAGCUGUGUUGACUAAAGUGGCUGUAGCUGCUCCUAAUUCUGCUGCAAAUGAGACACAGCAGCAGUUUGCUGUAGGUGACUUGGUGCAAAUUUGCAGUGACUUGGAGCGCAUCAAGAUCCUGCAGAGAGGCCAUGGUGAAUGGGCUGAAGCUAUGACUCCAACUUUAGGCAAGAUUGGUAGAGUUCAACAAAUUUAUCACGACAACGAUUUAAAAGUAGAGGUUUGUGGUACUUCUUGGACCUACAAUCCUGUAGCUGUUACCAAAGUAGCAUCGUCUGAUGGUAGUGUACCUGGAACAUCUAGUGGAGAGAGACUUAGUGCUCUGCUAAAGAAGCUCUUUGAAACCCAUGUGUCGGGAGAUGUUAAUGAAGAACUGGUGAAAACAGCAGCUAAUGGUGAUGCACAGAAGUGUGAGGAGUCCUUAAAACGCCCAGAUGCGGAUGUGAAUGGAGUAUUUUCUGGACAUACAGCCCUUCAAGCUGCAAGUCAAAAUGGUCAUUUAGAAGUUAUCAAAAUCCUUUUGCGUCACAAGGCUGAUGUUGAGAUUGAGGACAAAGAUGGCGAUCGAGCAGUUCAUCAUGCUGCAUUUGGAGAUGAACCUGGUGUUAUGGAACUGUUGGCACAUGCUGGUGCAGAUCUCAAUGCUCGUAACAAAAGACGCCAAACGGCGUUGCACAUCGCUGUAAACAAAGGUCACAUGGGGGUGGUGAAGACUCUCCUGGAGCUGGGCUGCCAUCCGAGCCUACAGGACUCUGAGGGGGACACUCCGCUGCACGACGCCAUCUCGAAGAAGCGCGACGACAUGCUGACGCUGCUGCUGGACCACAACGCGGACAUCAUGCUCACCAACAACAACGGCUUCAACGCCCUGCACCACGCCGCGCUGCGCGGGAACCCCAGAAUAUUUAAACUAGAAUAUUUCAGUCUUCUCCUCGUUUACAUAGGCGGCUCAGGUAUCGUGAAUGCGAUUAAAAAAGAAAUAUUUAGACUAUAUGGAUUUAUUACUCAAGAAAAAAGUAUUAAACGUGAAAACAAUGUUUUUACGGUGGGCGGGCGACGCAUGGAGGGCGCGUCCGCCCUCGUGGCCUCGCUCCAACUCUCGGCGCUGGUGCCGCCGCAAGAAAAAGGCAGCGGCGCGCGCUUGCAGCUGAUAAAGGGGCUCCGCGUUUGA